AUGGCUGGAUCAUUAUCUGAUAACCCGAGGGGCAGGCAAGCUGUUGAGAUCUCUACGGUGUUCACUGGUUUAGCCUUCAUAGUCGUCUGCCUUCGACUAUACACACGAUUCUUCCUAAUUCGCUGCGUGGGGAUCGAGGAUGCCGGCAUAGCACUUGCAAUGCUUUGCUCCAUAGGCUUGACCAUCUGCAUCGGUGUCCAGGCCAAAAAUGGUAUGGGUAGGCACACCGACACUAUCAAUAAUGGUGACAUGACCACGUUCCUAAGAGCUUUCUGGGCCAGUCUUAUCGUCUAUUAUCUGUCACUCGGCUUGACCAAGGGAUCGAUGCUUCUCCAGUACCGACGCAUCUUCCCGACCAAGUCUUUCCAGGUUGCAAACUGGAUUACAAUGGCCGUUGUCAUCAGCUACACUAUCUGGACGGUCUUCUCCAGUAUCUUCAUGUGUGUACCCGUGCGAGCUUUCUGGACCCAUGAGAAGGCUACCUGCCUCAACCAAUUCGCCGUCUGGUUUACCAACGCCGCCAUCAAUAUCAUCACGGAUUUCGCAAUCAUUCUCCUUCCUAUACCAGUUAUCCGGAAGCUCAACUUGGGCAAAAGGCAAAAGAUUGGACUCAUCUCGAUCUUUGCGAUCGGUGGAUUAGGUGGCAGCAAAGCGCUACGCACUAAGGACGACUACGUUCUAGACGUGACAAAGCGCUCAAACGGCUCGAGCGAGGAUGCGCGAGAUAUUCAGGUCGUUACCGACAUCCACGUCGAAGUCGACGGUGCCGAUGGAAGGAGAAUAAGUGGCUGGAGAACGCCUGCAUCGCAGAACAACUGGGCGGACAAUAUUUCCAGCAAGGAAACCCAACGGGAGAACAGCACUGAGUCGCUGGUCAAUCAGCACCCACGACCGCUCUCGAACGUCAGCACAUCCACUACCUGUAUAGUAGCUCCGGCUUCUACUAGAACGAAUACAGCCGCAGCAAUCAUCAUGGCACCGAUCGCUGCGGUCACAUGCAACGAGCAUUCAUCAACUGCUCCACCAAGUCCACGCCUGCAGGACGCGGUCAACUCCAUCUCUUCCGGCAUGUCUGCAUGGGGCGAAACCACCUAUCCGUCCGCAACGCCAAGCACGACGUCUGUAACCCUGCGCCGCUCGUCUUCAGCCUGCGACUUGUCGGAGAUGCCAGCGUUCGAUAACGCAAAGACUUACACUGUAAGCCCAGCACUUUUCGGAUUCCAGCUCACCAUCUCCUGCGGCAUUACCAAGGUUCCGCGGUGGCUUCAUGACUCUACCAGCGAUACUAUCCAGCCGAUACCUGUCUCAUCGUCUUCCGGAAUCAACACGGCUGUUGAGCUCUCGCCUGUCAAGGUGAGCGUCGUCAUGCUCAUCGUUACUUUUGUAACUCUGUGGGUCGCGCAGUCUAUCUCUGAUGACCUCCCAAGCUAUGCUACAGCAAGCCUAUUGCUUUGGCUAGUUUUUGGCGGUCAUGAGCAGCUAAGGCCCGACGAGAUGCUGGUUGUAAAACCGCUUGACUCGCCAUAUGCCACCAUACCUGAACAAUUUCAAGAAAUUGGUUCUCCAGCCAUUGUCGUCACUCCUCCAGAAGACACUCGAUCCGUUGUUGAUCAUGACACCAAGCUUAUCACAGUGGUCGAGACCAUCGACUUUCCGGAAGUGACUUCGGAUAUGGUCGAGCUAUAUACCCCUCGGAUGCAAGCUUGGCUGGAGGAGUCGACCCUCGACUUCGUUCCUGAGCGAGACGUCACUUCUGUGGAUGAUAUUGCAGAUUCACCGAGUCCAAUCACACCCUUCGAAGGCGUCGUCCAAGCGUCGCAAUUGGUCGUCCAUAACAGUGACACCAAUGAUCUUCUCGCCUCACCGACGAUUUGGGAUGAACAAGAAGCAUUUCUCAGAUCUUUGAAUGAGCUUCCUGACCUCGCCAGUGAUACUCCCGGCCUUCAGCUAGCAGCCGUCCUCCUCGAGCAUGACUUCCCCACUUUCAGGAUCGGUGAGGGUUUCUGCGCAUCGAACGACGCUUGUCAAGUCGGCCCUGUUUAUUUGCCUGGUUCUGAGCAAGGUACUGAAUUGAUGUCUUGGCCGGAUCGUCCUGUGGCGGCAGAUAGGUCUGAUAUCGACUACAUGCGCGAUCGGCUCCAGAAGUAUCUUUCGAGACGGACAAUCGACAAGAUCGCUUCCAUGCAGCCCGAAUACUGUUACAACCUUGAACAUAUCAAGCUCAUCACUGGACAGUCCCAGAAGCGAUACACGCCUGAGUGUCCGCCCCAUUGGCGUUUCCAGUACUCACCUAACGAGUCGGCUAGGCCAUAUCUCGAUGUCGAAGAGGAAUUUGCCAUCAAUGAAGGCAUUGCUGAUUACAACUUCGAUUGUAGGACAGAAGAGGUGGUUGGCAGAGUACAGAAUACCCUGCGAACAAAAGAACAAUUCCAAAAGGUAGACUGUGGCAGCGAGCCCAUCCUGCGAUGGAUCAGCAACGUUGAAGAGAAUUUGUUGGUUGAUCCACAAGUCUACGGACGGUGCAAGUGUGGCGAGGCCGCCAUGGAAGCUGUACGAUGGUAUCGUCGACAAGAUGAAAGCCACUACACUUCGAAGAAGCAGCGGUCUUUGAAGAAGUUUCCCCUUCGCCAAAUGUCUAAACACGAGUCCGACGAUCGCUACGUUUGCGAUCUUGAGCAGCGAUCGGCAUAUCCCCGGAGCCAGCAGAUCACGCAAAUCUGCAAGCAGCACAAAACCAUUACGGAUAGCAUCUUCGUUCUCGUUGACACUUCUGUCGAAGACAUCAACGAUCGGCUCAGCAACCCAGGUGGCAUGCUUCCCGCCCCUGGCAGGAGGCAUUCGUCAAUCUACCCCGACGGCUGGCAUGUCAAGAAACAUGCCGUACAGCUUCCAUUCGAGCAGCGCCCUCCCCGUUGUCGGCACGGGUUCCUUCAUGUUAUUUUCUGUUUCGAGUGCUUUCCACGACAUCAUUUCGCUCAUAAGUGCCAGGAGUGCAUCGAGUACCGCCUUGCUAUGAACGCAAAACACCCCAACAUGAUGGUGCUUGACGCGGCGCGCAGUGCAGCUAUGGAGGCUACACAAGGCCACCAGAACUUCGACCUAGCACGGGAUGCCCAGACUAGGCAUCGGAAAAACCUGAUCGAUAUCUUCAUGGGGGCCAAAAUUCCUCAACUCUCGUUGACAUCUCCUUCUCCUGCUGUUACACCAUCGGCUGGACGGAGG